CGCAGCAGCGGCAGCAGCGGCAGCAGCAACGCUGGACGAUGUAUGCACCGCAGCAUACGCCGAGGCAGCCCUGCCAGUCGACGGCAUCGUGACGGGCGUGACGUUCAACGUCUCCUCCGUGACCACGACGGCAAUGACCAACGUCUCCGUCUCGGGCGCCGAUUUCCCCUCGGGCGUCAUCGACUACUGCGCCGUGAGCUUCAGCUACGCCCACCAGAACGCCGGCGACGAGGUCCUGCUGGAGUUCUGGAUGCCGGCCCCGGCAGCCUUCCAGAACCGCUAUCUCUCCACCGGCGGCGGCGCCUUUGCCAUCAACUCGGGCAACAACUCGCUGCCCGGCGGCGUGCUGUACGGAGCCGUCAGCGGCAUCACCGACGGCGGCUUCGGCAGCUUCACCAACGAGCUGGACGACGUGUUCCCCCUGGGCAACGGCACGGCCAACUGGCCUCCGCUGUUCAUGUUUGGCUACCAGGCGCACUACGAGAUGACGAUCAUCGGCAAGGCGCUGACCAAGGCCUUCUACAACCUGACCGACGACGACAAGCUGUACGCCUACUACCAGGGCUGCUCCGAGGGCGGCCGCGAGGGCUGGUCCCAGCUGCAGCGCUAUACAGACUGGGACGGCGCCGUGGUGGGCGCCCCCGCGCUGCGCUUCUCGCAGCAACAGAUCAACCACAUGUACUCGGCCGUCGUGGAGAAGACGCUGGACUACUUCCCGGCGCCCUGCGAGCUGGAGCAGAUCAUGAAGGAGACCAUCACCGCCUGCGACCCGCUGGACGGCCGCGUCGACGGCGUCGUGGCCCGCACCGACCUGUGCAUGCUGCACUUCAACCUGAGCUCGCUGGUGGGCGUCGCAUACGCCUGCAACGCCACGGACUCGCUGCUGGGCGGCGCGGAGCCGGCGCAGAACGGCAGCAUCACGGCCCAAGGCGUCGCCGUCGCGCAGGCCAUCUACAACGGGCUGCACAACUCGGCCGGCGAGCGCGUCUACCUCUCCUACCAGAUCGGCACCUCCUUCGACGACGCGACGACCGUGUACAACAGCACGACGGGCGAAUGGGCCAUGGACACGGGCGUCAACGGCGGCACCGAGUGGAUAGCCCGCUUCAUCCAGCUGCUCGACACCUCCUCGCUCGACUGGGCCGACUUCACCUACGACGAUCUCGCCGAGUACAUGUACACCGGCUGGCAGAUGUACGAGGAUAGCCUGCAGACCACCUGGCCCGAUCUCUCGCACAUCCGCGACGCCGACAUCAAGAUCCUGCACUUCCACGGCGAGUCCGACCCCAGCAUCCCCGCCGCCUCGUCGGUGCAUUUCCACGAAUCCGUGCGCCAGAUCGUCUACCCGGGCCUCGGCUUCAACGAAAGCUCCGCCGCCCUGGCCGACUGGUACCGUCUCUAUCUCAUCCCGGGCGCUGCCCACUGCGCCAUCAACCCCUACCAGCCCGACGGGCCCUGGCCCAUGACCCAGCUGUUGACCCUCAUCCAGUGGGUUGAGGACGGCGUGGUGCCGGUCACCCUCAACGGCACCAUCUCUACUACCGACGAGCAGAUGGAUAUCUGUGCCUGGCCCUUGCGGCCCUUGUGGGUCAAUUCCACGCUGGAAUGUGUCUAUGACCAGGCCUCGAUUGAUACCUGGAUGUAUACCUUUCCGGCUUAUGACAUGCCUGUUUAUUGAUAUACUGCAUAUUACUACAACCCCAAUUGAUCUGUCACUUUGGCGUCCAUGUGAAUAUUGUAAUGUCUAUCAAUCAUUGCUCGGACUGGUCAUUUUCUCAGUCCGUGACAGGGAAUCCCCAGCUCUUGACUCUCGUAGCUGGAGCUUCAAUUCCCGUUGUUCCGAUUGACAGGCGAGCUCUUUUAUGUCCCUAGAUUUAAGGAAGAAGAUAAUCCAAGUGCUAAGCGGGCAAUACUAGGCCAUAAGAUAAU